AUGGACUCGAGCUUAGCAUCUAUGCCCCAAAGGAUGCACCUCAGCUCUGACGAAAACCUCAAUCAAACCCACAACCAGCAAGAACCCAUCAUGAAAGCCGUUCGCGUAUCAAAAGACGCCUCCACAGCCUCUCUGGCCAUCGCAGAGAUACCCAAGCCCACUCCCGCCUCUGGAGAACUCCUCGUCAAAAUCAAAGCUUCCUUCAUCCAGCCUGCCGACAUUCUCAAUUCUAAAGGCAGCUUCCCCAUCACCACCUUCCCUCGCACAAUCGGCAAAGACUUCUCGGGCACCGUUAUCUCAGGCUCCCCAGACUGGAUUAACACAGAUGUCUACGGCACCUCCGGAUCCACCUUCAGCUUCACGGAAGAUGGCGCGCAAGCCGAGUUUGCCGUGUUGCGAGAGGAUUGCGUGGCCGUGAAGCCAGGGAACCUGAGUUUCGCGCAGGCAGCGGCGGUCGGGACGCCUUUCACGACUGCUUUCACGGCGCUGAAGCGGGCGAGGGUGGUGGAACGAGAGGUGGUCAUGGUGCUGGGGGCGACAGGGGCUGUAGGGUCGGCGGUAGUGCAAAUUGCAAAGAGUAUGGGGUGUCGAACGAUCACGGUGGGUCGACAUGGGACCGAUGUUGAUUCUACCAAGGACCCAGAGCUACAGAGUGCGAAGGACUUGUCUGAUGGCAAGGGUCCGGAUGUUGUCGUUGAUACUGUCGGCGACUUCGCAUUGACCAAGGCUGCGUUCAAUGUACUGGCGCCCAAAGGCAGGCUGUCAACCAUUACCGCCCCGAGGCAGGGAUCCACUGAACUGGCUGUUGAUAUCCUCUCGCUGUACAGGAGGCAGAUUGAGCUCAUCGGAUGCAACACAGCUUCUAUGCCGCAGGCUGAUUUCGCGAGAAUGAUGGAGGGAAUGACGCAGCAGUUCGAGUCAGGGGCAUUGACGGCACCGGAGGAGAGUACUAUGACUAAGAUUAGUAUCGACGAUGCGCCAGAUGCGUAUUCCGGUAAGAUCAAGCGGGCAGUGAUAGUGUUUGAAUAG